AUGCCUUCCACCAUCUCACUCAUAGCGCUCUGCGCUUCGUGGGCGUCAGUCGCGGCGGCAUUCCCCAAGAUCCCAGUCGCGCCAGCUGCAGCUUCUAGCUCUCAGGCUGACAGCUAUUAUUCUACCGGGUACUUCGAGCAGCUGCUGGAUCACGAGAAUCCAGAGCUUGGUACCUUUUCUCAGCGCUACUUUUGGGAUACUCAGUACUGGAAUGGACCGGGGUCACCUGUCGUUCUAUUCCAGCCCGGAGAGGCAAGCGCAGAUGGAUAUCAGGGAUAUCUCACCAAUGAGACCCUCAGCGGUCUUUAUGCGCAGGAGAUUGGCGCUGCGACCUUGAUCCUCGAGCGUGAGUCACUUAUUCGAUACCGUUACUGGGGCGAAUCUUCUCCCGUUGAUGUUCUUACUCCCAAGACGAUGCAACACCUUACCUUCAAGAAUGCACUUGCCGACACUGUCAACUUUGCGAAAAAUGUCCAGCUUCCGUUCGAUACCACGAAUCAGAGUUCUCCGGACAAUGUUCCAUGGAUUCUUGUCGGUGGUUCCUACAGUGGUGCCCAAGCCGGCUGGGUUGCGGCCACGCUACCUGGUACUUUCUGGGCUUACCAUGCCUCUAGUGCCCCUGUUGAGGCUAUUUGGAACUAUUGGCAAUAUUUUGUCCCUAUCCAAGAGCGUCUCCCGCAAAACUGCAGCACAGACUUGGUCAAUGUGAUGGGAUACAUUGACGGAAUUCUGACUGGAUCCAAUGAAACAGCAAAACAAGACUUGAAAAACAGUUUCCUCCUAGGUGAUCUUAGAGAUGAUGACUUUGCCGAAGCCCUCGCUGGAGGCCCCUAUCUCGGCCAGACUACUGCCUGGCAGGAAGCUGGCGAGAUCUACGAGUUCUGCGACUACCUUGAGAACGUCCAUGCUACACCCGCGGUCAACGCUACUGCCAAGGGAGUCGGUGUGACCAAAGCUCUGCAGGGAUACAUUCAAUGGUGGACCACUCAAUACUUCCCCGGAUCCUGUGCGAGCUACGGCUACUGGACAGGCGAAUACGAAACCGCAUGCUACGACAGCUACAACUCGUCCAACCCCAUAUACGCUGAUGAGUCUCUCGACAACGUCGCUGAUCGACAGUGGGUAUGGCUCUGCUGCAACGAGCCUUAUGGAGCAUGGCAGGAUGGUGCUCCCGAUGGAACACCCUCAAUCGUCUCUCGCCUCAUAACGGAUGACUACUUCUUCCGUACAUGCGGUACAUACUUUCAACCAGAUGAUGGAUACACUUAUGCCAGCUACUAUGGCAAACGUCCCAAUUCCGUGAACGCCUGGACCCGCGGUUGGUCUGGCACGACGGAGCGCGUAAUCUGGGCUCAGGGACAAUACGACCCCUGGCGUGAGGAAACUGUCUCUUCUGACUUCCGACCGGGCGGUCCAUUGACCUCGUCUGAGCCCAACCCAAUCUUCAUCAUGGCCAAUGCCAGCCACUGCUAUGACUUGUUGUACUCGAAUGCGGAGGGGAAUGCCGGUAUUAUGGAAGUCGUCCAGCAGGAGCUGAAGCAGAUGCGUACUUGGGUUGAAGAAUUCAAGCCUGCUGGCAAUGGCACGUCGGUUGUUCGACGGACGUUGCGCGACUGGUGA